GCGCGGGGGAGGAGGCCCCGCUUGGCUUCGCAGCCCCGGAUGCUGCAUGACUUCAUCCUUCCGCCGGCUACCCUGCUGAGCUAGGGCCGGUCCGGCAGCUAGCCCGCCGCCCGCGCCCCGCUGCAGUCCCGCGCCCGCCCCGCGCCCGCCCCGCGCCCGCCAUGUCCGAGAUCCUGCCCUACAGUGAGGACAAGAUGGGCCGCUUCGCCGCCGACCCCGAGGGCUCCGACCUCUCGUUCAGCUGCCGCCUGCAGGACACCAACUCCUUCUUCGCGGGCAAUCAAGCCAAGCGACCCCCCAAGCUGGGCCAAAUCGGCCGAGCCAAGAGAGUGGUGAUCGAGGAUGACCGGAUAGACGACGUGCUGAAGGGGAUGGGGGAGAAGCCGCCGUCCGGAGUGUAGACGCGCCGGCUCGGGCGGCGGGCUCCGGGCCCA